UACAAGCAAUUAUUUUUUUGUAAUAAUCAUGUUGCUGUUUAAUCUUUUAAAAAGAUUGUUUGGAUGGACAGAUGAAGCACCCAGAAAACGUAGAGCUGUGUCAUUUAGUUUAGAAAAAGAAUUUGUAACUCCAAAAAAACAUUGUUGUGAUUACAAUACUGUCAAUGUGGAUGAAGAAAUAAUUGAAAUCAAUGAGGACAGUGACAGUGAGAAUGUUCAAAUAAUAAAAAAACAUAAACAUUCACCCAUUAAAUCGUCAAGUAGAUUGAAUGGUACACGUAGUAGUAGGGAUAAGUCAUUUACAUGUUGUUCACCAUCUUUUUCAUCAUCUAAAUCUCAACAGUGUUAUGAUGAUUUAAAGAUGGGCUACUUUAGCAGUGAAAAUGAAAGGGUUCAAAAUAUUGGAGCUCAUGAACGGUGCCCUACUUUAAGCAAAACUCAUCGUUUGAAAGAAAAAAAUCAGUAUCAGGAAAUGUUACAAAACUUUCUUCCACGUAGGAUACAUGUUAUUUGUGAUAAACAUGAAGAAAAAGGAUCAGUUCCAGAAGUGCAAGAAGUAAUAGGUUUAGAAAAGUCUGAGUCUUCAACUUCUUCCUCUAAACUUCAACAAGUUUCCAGAAAAAAGAGUAUGUCGCAAAUGCAUUGGAAUAUGCCGAAUAAGGAAAGAAGAAAUAAAGAAACAGUAGUUAUUACUUUAGAUAAUGAUAAAAACAAUGAGACAGUACAUUCCGUUUGCAAUAUAGCACAAUUCACUAAAAGAAACAGUUUAGAAAAAUCAACUCCGGACAAACAUAUUGAAUGUGUAGCUACAAACACAUUACGAGAUCAAUUGGCAGCCAAAGCUGUAAUCAGGGAGGAUUUUGUUCCUCGGGUAGCAAAAAGGUAUAAUGAACGUAUAGAACAGCGUUACAAGGAAGCUGAGGAACUUAAGAAGAUGACAUGCAUGUUAUCUAAACAUAAUCGUUUAGCCCGAGAAGCUGCUUUGGAAGAGCAUUUAGCUCGUUCUAUGAGGUUGUGUGAGGCUGUUCUGGAUGAAAGAGAAGAACAAGAGGAGCCUUCAUUGCCUAUGUUAACAGAAGAAAUGUUACAAGAAAUAAAGAAUGCUCUUAUUCCUCGCCCACAAGACGAAGUUCUUGUCGAAGGCUUUGGUCUAAGAAUCACAAGAAAAGAUGUUCAUACACUGGCUGAUCUAAAUUGGUUAAACGACGAAGUAAUUAAUUUUUAUAUGAACUUAUUAAUAGCCAGGAGUACUCAUAAUAGAUAUCCAAAAGUACAUGCUAUGAAUACAUUUUUCUAUCCAAAAUUAAUCACAGGUGGACAUACAUCCCUAAAGCGAUGGACAAGAAAAAUUGAUAUUUUUGCACAAGAUCUCUUAGUUGUUCCUAUACAUUUAGGUAUUCAUUGGUGUAUGUCAAUAAUUGAUUUCAGGAAUAAGUCUAUUUGUUAUUACGAUAGUAUGGGUGGCAAUAAUCCAAAAUGUUUAUCGGCCUUACGACAAUAUUUGGAAGAUGAAAGCUUGGACAAGAAGAAGCAAACAUAUGAUACUAGUAAUUGGAAGUUAGAGUGUGCCAAAAAUAUUCCACAACAAAUGAAUGGAAGCGACUGUGGUGUCUUUUCUUGUAUGUUUGCUGAAUAUAUUUGUGCAAAUAAGAAAAUCACAUUUACACAACAGGACAUGCCAUAUUUUCGAAAUAAGAUGGUCUACGAAAUAUUGAAAUCCAAGCUUUUAUAAAAGAAGUAUUUAUUUGAAUAAUUCACCAUAAACGACUUAAAUAGGUUUUUGUAACUUCCAUUAAU